CUCACCCCGCGAGUAAGGCCGGUCCUCACUUCCAAAAUGUAUUCUUGAAAUUCCAACGCUAAACAUUUAGCCUCUUUUGCUAACCUUUAAUAAAACGAAGGGUUGAACAAACUGCGUAGCUGAACCGAGCUCGAGUCACACACGUACUUAAACAUUUAGAUAUUUCCUAACGGGACUUUUAACGAGAGAACCGCAUCGAUGUUGCGCCACCGUGCUCCGCGCUUCCGAUACUGUAAACAGGACAUGUCGAGGUAGCCACACAUCGGGAGCUGACUGAGUGGAGAGACCUGGAGCCACCGCAGCCGAGCCGCUUGGACCGGGCGGGUGUGUUUUGUUGUAGCAGAGGUGGUGGUGGUGGGGUUGAGCUGAGCUGACAGCACGGGGUCUGCGACCACCAUGGGUCCUACAGGUUGCCCCCAUGUGCACACAUACAAGGUGGACAACUGGAAGCAGAACCUGAGGGUCAUUUAUCAGUGUUUUGUGUGGAGCGGCUCAGCCGAAACGAGAAAACGAAAGGCCAAGUCGUGUGCGUGUCACAUGUGUGGCUCCCACCUCAGCCGCCUCCAUUCCUGCCUCCACUGUGUUUAUUUCGCCUGCUUCAGCAAGAAACACAUCCACGACCACGCCAAGAGCAAGAGACACAGCCUCGCUAUAGACCUGCUGUACGGGGGGAUUUACUGUUUCGGAUGCCAGGACUACAUCUAUGACAAGGACAUCGAACAGAUUGCCAAAGAGGAGCAGAGGAAAGCCUGGAAGAUGAAAGGAGCGGGAGAGAGGUUCCUGACGUGGGAGCCCAACAAGAGAGAGCUGGAACUCCUCCGCCACAACCCCAAGAGGCGGAGAAUCACCUCCAACUGCACUAUAGGUUUGAGGGGUCUCAUCAACCUGGGCAACACGUGCUUCAUGAACUGCAUCGUCCAGGCGCUCACGCACACGCCGCUGCUACGCGACUUCUUCCUGUCCGACCGACACAAGUGCGAGAUGCAGAGCAACUCCUGCCUGGUGUGCGAGAUGUCCCAGCUCUUCCAGGAGUUCUACUCGGGCCACCGCUCACCCCACAUCCCGUUCCGCCUGCUGCACCUGGUGUGGACGCACGCCCGCCACCUGGCCGGCUACGAGCAGCAGGACGCCCACGAGUUCCUCAUCGCCGCGCUGGACGUGCUGCACAAGCACUGCAAAGAUGACAAUGGGAAGAAGGCCAACAAUCCAAACCACUGCAACUGUAUUAUCGACCAAAUCUUCACGGGGGGCCUGCAGUCAGACGUCACCUGUCAAGUCUGUCUCGGCGUGUCCACCACCAUCGACCCCUUCUGGGACAUCAGCCUGGACCUGCCUGGCUCCUCCACCCCCUUCUGGCCCCUCAGCCCCGGGGGCGACGGAUCGGCCCUCAACGGGGAGACACACACUUCAUCCUCCGGCGCCACCACGCUCACAGACUGCCUGCGCAGAUUCACCCGACCAGAGCACCUCGGCAGCGGGGCCAAGAUCAAGUGCAGUGGUUGCCAUAGUUACCAGGAGUCCACCAAGCAGCUGACCAUGAAGAAGCUCCCCAUCGUAGCCUGCUUCCAUCUCAAACGGUUCGAGCACUCGGCCAAGCUGAGGCGGAAGAUCACCACGUACGUGUCCUUUCCCCUGGAACUGGACAUGACCCCCUUUAUGGCCUCCAGUAAGGAGAGUCGUAUGAACGGCCAGUACCAACAGACUACAGACCCCUUCAACAACGAUAACAAGUACAGUCUGUUUGCGGUGGUGAACCACCAGGGGACGCUAGAGAGCGGCCACUACACCACCUUCAUCCGGCAGCACAAGGACCAGUGGUUCAAAUGCGACGACGCCAUCAUCACCAAGGCAACCAUCAAGGAUGUCCUGGACAGCGAAGGGUACCUUCUGUUCUACCACAAACAGUUUUUGGAGUACGAGUAGACCCCCGUAGACCAUCAUCCUCCGGCUGGGAUCAUAGAGCACAUCUUAAUACUCAUCCUUAGAGACGAGCGGAUGAACAGAACCCGCUGGAGAGGUCGUUUUCUGAUUCUCACACGGACACGAGCUGAUGAGCUGACGUUUAGCCAGCAGACAUGCGUUUCCACUGCACAAUAAACUAACAUCACCCCAUCCUGUUGGGGGGAGGGUGUGCUCUCUCCAGCACAUGGUUACGUCGCGUCAUGCAUAGAGCAAGUUGCACUUUUUUUCAGCGCCCUCGUCUUUGCACCAACACAAUUCUGUGAGCGUAUUUAAUCCCCCCGCAGACUCGCCUCUCUCCUAGGCAGCUCAAAUUGAUCCGCUGAAGAAACAACCAAUCUAAAACAACAAGGCGGAGACGGGAUCAAUAGACCCGAAAGGAAAGGCUUUGGUCCUGGACCGCGGCGUUGGGGACGCACGUCGACGAACACGCGAGCGGGUCGAAGACGUCGUACGCACCUCUGUGCUCGAGCGUUGGCAGGAACCGGGCUUAAAGCUCGCUGACACACCCGGUCGUCGUGGCCGGUUCCUCUCCACUCGC